UAACUUUUGGAAUCUGUAUUCUUUAGUAUAUUUUAACUAUCUAUGAUGUACCCGUAACAUUUAUUCAAUUUUCUGUUUGAAUCCAAAAUUUAUUUAGGUCAAUCUGGUACAUGUCAAAAACAAUUUGUGCAGCAAUACAAAGGCAACAAGAAAAAUGAAUCUCCACUACAACGUCCAUUGGAGAACAUAAAUGAAAUGUUAAGCUGGAUUAAAAAGAAGAAACGUCGUUUGUUUGAUGAAAUUUAUACAAACCAAACACCUAUACAUGAUAUACAAUCAAUAAACAGUAAGAGUGAUACACUCAGAGACCUGUCAAAAGAAAGUCUUAAUUAUGUAGGACUACCAAAUUCAUUUUAUAAUAGUACACUGAAAGUAUUAGAGGAAUACGUGAGGGAUAAAAAACAAAAAAAGAGUAAAUCAAACAAUAAUAACAAUUGGAUUAAUAUGGAAUUGAUGAGAUACAUAUGUAAUUUAUUAAAAAUGUCGCCUAAGGAAAUGGAUGAUCUUUCAGUAUCGUCAAACUCAGGUAUUCGAUUAGAACAAAGUAUUUUGGAGAUAUCCAAAGCCAAUUUGGAGUAUCACAAAGACAUUUUGAAUUAUAUAUCAAAGUGCUUGGACAGUAAUCUAAGUGACAUCAGUCAAGACCAGGCUUUAAGUUCGCCUCAGUAUAUCGGUUUGUUAGAUAAGCUAUAUAAGCUUGCUGAUUAUUACGCAGAGAAGGCACAAGAAAUGCAGAACAUUUGCUUGGAGUCUCCUAGGGUCGAGAUUAACACCUUGGAUGAAGAUGCCGUUGAACAAAUUACAGAAGACAAUCCUAGUUUAACUUCGGAAUUGUCUGUUGAUGGAGCAUAUGUUUUGGAUCAUUUGCGUACACUAUUAGAACAAAGAGGACUAAUUUGUGCUGAUAGAGAAUGGCCUAUUUUUGGAAAUGAUGACGAAGAUGAUAACAGAAGCUUAACGGAUCAGCUUCUGGAUAUCAAACCACAAAUUAAAUCGAAGGAUAUUAAAGUAGAACGUUCUGAAAAAGGUUAGCUAAUUACAUUUAUGAAGAUGAAAUAAAAUUAAUACAAUACUGUUUGUCGCAAAUGUUAGAUUCCAAAAGUUAAAAUUGACUUACUAAAAUACCAUUUCAAAUGUAUUGUAUGUGUUGUGUAUAUUAUUGAUUGAAUGAAUAACCAAAAACUCUUAAAAUUUAAUAAAUAUUAUUAAUAUUUUAUGUUAAGGCCUAGAAUAAUAGGAGUUUCUUAUCUAAAUAGUGGCAACAUAUGUAAAUAAUGGGGCCUGAGCCCCCUCAGAAUUUGCUAGAAGUUCCAGCAGCGUCGAUACCACAAAGAAAAAAUAAAAGAAGGCUAUAAUCUUCACAAAUAAUUUUUUCACGCUACGGCUAUGAGUGGCAACAAUUAAUUAUUGUCAAGAUGUGAAGAACUAAACCAUAUUCAUUUUAGUAACUAAGUGAAUAUUUUGGUAAUAAUAAAUGUUUAUCUUUUUUUAGAUUUAAAAGUACUUGCAACUUAAUAGGAAGUUACUGGGUCCAGAACAAUCCAUGUCUUGACAAUUAUACAUGGUUUAGUAUUUCAGUGUUCAAAUAGAAAAUGUAUUAAUACAAUGAAAUACAUAUCAUUUAGAUUUGUAUAUCUCAUACAAUAAAAUUAAAUGUAUAAAAAAAAAAUUCACUUUUAUGAUAUAACCAUUUCUGAUCUAUUUUUCUCUUUUUUUUAUCCUUUUAAUUUGUCAUACAUUGAUAUAAUGAUGCAGUUAAACAGUUAAACAUAAAAAUAUUAAUGAAAGCAUAAUAUUACAGAAAGUAAAGAGGAUAAUAUAUCUCAACACUCAAUCCAUUACUUUAUUUACAUAGCUUAAAAAUCUUUGUGUACUAUCUAAACAUGUCUUGUAAAUAUAUUUACACAAGAUUAUUUUGCUCAAAAAAACUCCUUAAUUUACAGAACAUCAUUAUCUAAAAUACAGAGAAAAAUAUAAUAUAGUUCGCGUAAAUAUAUUUUUAUAUAAUAAUAAUAAUCAUAAUAAUAAUAAUAAUAAGUAAAUCGAAAAUAAUUUCAUACUUAAGUGGUUCCAACUAAAUUAGUUUUUUUUUAAACGAUUAAUAUUUUGUUUUAUUUUUUAUAAUUAAAGAUAAUGAAAAAGAACAUAAAAUCAUUUCUAAAAUAGCUAAUAACCAACUAUAUAUAAAAACAUGAUGAGCACGACUUACAACAAUUCUUGAAAACUAUGGGAAGCAAAAAAAAAAAAA